AUGGAGAGUGGAGGCUUUUCGAGCAGCGCGGUUGGGCCCUAUGUGGAGGCAGCAGAUGCACUUUCUGUCACUCCAACUAAUGCACAAGCGCCGGAGCUGUCGUCGGGUGGUGGAUCUCUUCUGCGGGCUCACUCUUGUACACGCGCAUUCAUAGCUGCAUUGGCCUCUAUAACUGCAGCUGUGUUGUUAAUAUCCAUUUGCAGCCGAGCUCAGAUGUGGAACCAUGCACUGCACACUCGCGCUCGCCGGCUGUCUGCCGGUGAGGGAAGGAAGCGUGGAUUUGAAAGCUUGUGUGAGAGCGAUUCGGAUGAGGCGUCAGCAUGGCUGGACUCUGAUAGUGAUGACGAUGCCUCAGCUUCUACUGUGCCCCCAGCUAAACAGCCGCGCAUUGGGCAAGAGCUACACGAGAGCUCCAGCUUACCGGUAGCCCAACAGCAGGCCAUAUCCCCUCAAAAUGCCUCAGCUUCGACUGUGCCCCCAGCUAAACAGCCGCGCAGUGGGCAAGAGCUACACGAGAGCUCCGGCGUACCGGUAGCCCAACAGCAGGCCAUAUCCCCGCAAUUGGCCCCUAGUGCGUCUGCCUUGCCUGGCACACAUUCUCUGAGAGCUUCUCCGGUUGCCGUAUCCGAUCCCACACAUUGGGGUGCCAGCCACAGUCAGAAAGAGGUCGAUGCCGCCGAUGCGCUGCUGCAGCUGUCAACGAGUACUUCGUCUGUGGAGGCCGCCGGUGGCGGGGCCCGAGAACAAGGUGGGGAAGAGCCUCAACCGUCAACGUCUGCCGAAUCAACGCAAAGUGCUCGCCGUUUGCAAAAACGUCUUUCUGUGGCUGAACGCGCGGAAGCUGAGGUACCAGCUGCUCUUGCUCUGGGGAAUUUGCCCAUUUCCAGUCACCCGUUUGUUCGUCUACCGGUCGUAGACAAAUCUAAACUUCUGAGAAGUUUCAGCUCCACAACUGCUGUAUGUGAAGGCUGGCUUACGGCAAAGCCGACCGUUUUGCUGUCUAGGGCGCGCGAGCACCUUGCAAAGCCCUCACUCACCCCCGAGGAAAUGGAAAAGCUAACCUACGACGCUGAGCGGUUGUGCAAGUAUAUUGUGCACGCUACGUCUCCUGACAAACAUGCUCCUUCGCGCAUUGUUGCGGAGUACCUAGGGCUCCGCUUCCUGUGUAUGGACAUAAUUGUGGCAACUCUGCAGUUACUGGGGGAACCGGCGAGUGGACCCUGGUGGGAGAGAGUUACUGGCAAGAUCCGUCUUGACUUCACUAACCAGUGGCAACUGCUUUCUCCCCCGAACACUCUCGCGAAAACUCACUAUAGCAAGAUACUUUGUCGGGAGCUUAAUUUGGCGUUGCGACUUUUAAUGACGGGAAAGCGCCCUUCAGACGUCGACCUUAUCAAGAUUAAACGGAUGCUUUUCUGCUCGCGACUGUCUCCGCGGCGCUUUAAAGGUAGCACAUUUGAUGCCUGGCGAAAUGACGACAAACCCUUUUGUAGCCCAAAAGGUCCCGCCUGA